AUGCAAGCGAGACAGAAGAGACAGAAGAACUUGAGAGUUGCGACCCUAAACAUCGGGACGCUGACUGGAAAGAGCAGAGAAAUAGCAGACAUGAUGAAGAGGAGGAGGAUCGACAUACUAUGCUUACAAGAGACAAGAUGGACUGGUGGGAAAUCAGGAGGGAAGGAAAGAAACAUCAGAGAUAGCUACAAGCUGUACUACAGCGGAGGAGGAAAGCCAAAGAAUGGAGUGGCUAAAUGCCUGAGUGAGGAAUGGCAAGAUAAAACGUUCAACAUCGUGACUGCCUAUGCACCUCAGCAAGGUUGUGAAGAAGACGAGAAGCAGAGAUUUUGGAACCAACUUGAAGAAGUGACCACCAAUGUGAAGGAAACAGAACAGCUAAUUGUGGCAGGAGAUCUCAAUGGGCACAUCGGAAGAGAGAGAGUAGAGGGAUUUGAGAGAUGA